AUGCUCAUCGCGCUUAGGCGGCGCGCCGCCGGCGCGCUGUGCGCGCGCCAGCUGUCCGCCGCCGCCGCGGAACUGACGCGCAACAUCGGCAUCAGCGCCCACAUCGACAGCGGCAAGACGACGCUCACGGAGCGCAUCCUCUACUACACGGGCCGCAUCGGGGCCAUCCACGACGUGCGGGGCAAGGACGGCGUCGGCGCGAAGAUGGACUCCAUGGACCUCGAGCGCGAGAAGGGCAUCACGAUCCAGUCCGCGGCGACGCACUGCACCUGGGGCGCGAACCACGUGAACAUCAUCGACACGCCUGGCCACGUCGACUUCACGAUCGAGGUCGAGCGCGCGCUCCGCGUGCUCGACGGCGGCGUUUUGGUGCUCUGCGGCGUGUCGGGCGUGCAGUCCCAGUCGCUGACCGUGGACCGCCAGAUGAAGCGCUACGACGUGCCGCGCGUCGCCUUCGUGAACAAGCUCGACCGCGCGGGCGCGGAUCCGGACCGCGUCGUCGCGCAGGUCCGCGAGCAGAUGGCGCUCAAUGCGUGCGCUGUCCAGCUGCCCGUGGGCCUCGAGGCGGCCCACGAGGGGGUCAUCGACCUCGUGCGCAUGAAGCGCCUCACGUUCGCCGGGGACCGCGGGGAGGACGUCGUCGAGGACGACGUGCCGGCCGCGUCCGCGGACCUCGCGGAGGAGCGGCGCGCGGCGCUCGUCGAGGCCGUGGCGGACGUCGACGAUGAUGUGGCCGAAGCCUACCUGGAGGGCUUGGAGGUGGACGGCGACGCGCUGGCCGCGGGCAUCCGCCGCGCGACGAUGGCGCGCGACUUCGUGCCCGUGUUCAUGGGCUCGGCCUUCAAGAACAAGGGCGUCCAGCCGCUGCUCGACGGCGUCGUCGCGUACCUGCCGUCGCCGCCGGAGCGCGAGGGCGUCGUGGCGCUCGAUCUGGAGGACGACGAGACGCCCGUGCCCAUCGCGUGCGACGCGGACGCGCCGCUGCUCUGCCUCGCGUUCAAGCUCGAGGAGUCGCGCUUCGGCCAGCUCACCUACGUGCGCAUCUACCAGGGCACGCUGCGCAAGGGCGCGACCAUCGUCAACGCUCGGACGCGCGCCAAGACGAAGGUGCCGCGCCUCGUGCGCAUGCACAGCGACGACAUGGAGGACAUCGACGCGGCGUCCGCCGGCGACGUCGUCGCCAUGUUCGGCGUCGACUGCGCGUCCAUGGACAGCUUCGCCGGCGAGCCGAAGAAGGGCGCCAAGGAGGCGCCGCGGAAAUUGGCCAUGGCGUCCAUGUACGUGCCGCGGCCCGUCAUCUCCAUCGCGGUCGCGCCGAAGAAGGGCGCGGCGCCGAACGUCAUCGACGCGUUCGGCAACGCGCUGCAGCGCUUCGCCCGCGAGGACCCGACGCUGCGCGUCCACGUGGACGCCGAGUCGAAGCAGACCAUCCUGUCGGGCAUGGGCGAGCUCCACCUCGACGUCUACGUCGAGCGCAUGAAGCGCGAGUACAAGGUCGACGUCGACGCGGGCAUGCCGUCCGUGAACUACCGCGAGGCCAUCUCGAAGCGCGCGGACUUUGAAUAUCUCCACAAGAAGCAGACGGGCGGCUCGGGCCAGUACGCCAAGGUCGUGGGCUACGUCGAGCCGCUCGAGGACGACUUCGACGGCGACGAGCCCUUCGAGUUCGUCAACGAGUGCGUCGGGACGAACGUGCCCAGCGAGUACAUCCCGUCCGUGGAGAAGGGCGCGCGCGACGCCAUCGCCAAGGGCAAUUUGAUCGGCUUCCCCGUGGAGGGCAUGCGCGUCGUGCUCCAGGACGGCGCCGCGCACGCCGUCGACUCGAGCGACAUGGCGUUCCGCGCCGCGGGCCAGGCCGCGGUCCGUGGCGCCAUCGACCGCGCCAAGGCGUCCGUGCUCGAGCCCCUCAUGGCCCUGGAGGUCACGGUGCCCGCCGAGUUCCAGGGCGACAUCAUGGGCGCCAUCAACCAGCGCCGCGGCAUCAUCACGCACAGCGAGAUCAGCGCCGACGGCUCCCACGCGGUCAUCAACGCCGAGGUGCCCCUCGCGAACCUGUUCGGCUACUCGACGGACGUGCGCUCCGCGACCCAGGGCAAGGGCGAGUUCACGAUGGAGUACGUCCGCCACGCGAACGUCCUCCCGGACAUCCAGGCCGAGCUCGUCAAGGAGCACCAGGAGAAGCGGGCCGCGGGGACCGCGUAA